UCUGUAGCGCGGUCCGCAGUGGAGGCGGCGCAAACAGCCAGGGGGCGGCGGAUGGCUCUGCGGGGCCUGGCCGGCUCGGGGCCCGGCUCCCGCGGGCCGCUGGAUCAGGCGGGGGCAGCGGACGAGGAACGCGAGGCGCCGGCCGUGGUGGCGGCGGGAGACGCGCUAGAGGACGUUGAAGAGGACGAGGGCCGCAGCCGGGGCCUGCUGCGCUGGGACGGCUUCUCAGCCUGGCUGCAUUGCGUGUGUGUGGUGGGCUUCGACCUGGAGCUGGGCCAAGCCGUGGAGGUAAUUUAUCCUCAACAUUCCAAACUUACUGAUAAAGAAAAAACCAAUAUUUGCUAUUUGUCUUUUCCAGAUUCAAAUUCAGGUUGUCUUGGAGAUACCCAGUUUUGUUUUAGAUUUCGACAGUCUUCUGGGAGGAGGGUGUCACUGCAUUGUCUCCUGGAUCAAUUUGAGAAAGAUUUACCAGUUUACUUAAAGAAGGAUCCUGCCUAUUUUUAUGGAUAUGUGUAUUUUCGACAAGUUCGAGACAAAACUCUAAAAAGAGGCUACUUUCAGAAGUCCUUGGUUUUGAUCAGCAAACUACCUUAUAUUCAUUUUUUUCACACUGUGCUCAAACAGAUAGCACCAGAGUAUUUUGAAAAGAAUGAACCUUAUUUGGAAGCAGCUUGUAAUGAUGUUGAUCGAUGGCCUGCACCAAUGCCAGGGAAAACAUUACAUCUGCCUAUUAUGGGGGUAGUAAUGAAGGUACGGAUUCCCACAUGUCAUGACAAGCCUGGGACAACUCAAAUAGUGCAGUUAACUCAGCAGGGAGACACACAUAUAUCUGUUAUUUUACCUACUGUUCAUGAGGUGGAUCUUUUCAGGUGUUUCUGCCCAGUUUUCCUUCAUAGUCAGAUGCUUUGGGAGCUGGUGCUGUUGGGUGAGCCCCUCGUGGUCAUGGCACCGUCACCAUCAGAGUCGUCAGAGACUGUAUUGGCACUUGUUAACUGUAUUUCUCCAUUAAAGUACUUCAGUGAUUUCCGACCUUAUUUCACUAUUCAUGAUAGUGAAUUCAAAGAAUAUACCACCCGUACUCAAGCCCCGCCCUCAGUCAUAUUAGGAGUAACCAACCCUUUUUUUGCAAAAACACUCCAGCACUGGCCCCACAUUAUUCGGAUAGGAGACCUUAAACCUGCAGGUGAAAUUCCUAAGCAGGUUAAAGUGAAAAAAUUGAAGAACCUAAAGACUCUGGAUUCUAAACCUGGAGUUUAUACUUCUUAUAAGCCAUAUCUAAAUAGAGAUGAAGAAAUCAUGAAACAAUUGCAGAAGGGUGUACAACAGAAGCGUCCUUCUGAGGCUCAAAGCGUUAUUCUCCGACGUUAUUUUUUGGAACUGACACAAAGCUUCAUCAUUCCAUUAGAAAGAUAUGUGGCAAGCUUGAUGCCUUUGCAGAAAAGCAUUUCUCCGUGGAAGAGUCCACCCCAAUUAAGACAGUUCCUUCCAGAAGAAUUUAUGAAAACACUUGAGAAAACAGGACCUCAGCUGACCUCUAGAAUAAAAGGCGAUUGGAUUGGACUUUACCGGCAUUUUCUAAAAUCUCCAAAUUUUGAUGGUUGGUUCAAGACCAGGAGGAAGGAAAUGACCCAGAAACUGGAGGCACUCCAUCUGGAAGCUCUUUGUGAAGAGGACUUACUUCACUGGACCCAGAAACACACGGAAGUAGAAACAGUAGACCUUGUAUUGAAGCUAAAAAACAAGCUGUUGCAGGCUGAUCGAGAGCAUUUACCUGUGAAACCUGACACUAUGGAAAAGUUACGGACACACAUAGAUGCAAUUAUUUUAGCAUUGCCAGAGGACCUACAAGGCAUACUGCUCAAAACGGUCAUGACAUGAUAUUUGCCAGGAUUUUCCAGCCAAAAGGAUUGUACACCAUGAAGCAUACUGACACUUCAACCAGACGCCCAAGAUCUCUCGGAGCGGAAAAUAGCCGUGGAUGCUAGCUACAGGGUUGAAAGACUACACUGUAUAAACAGACCUUUUUAGUGCAUUAGUUUUAAAAAAAUGGAUAUCUGUGGUGGUUCCACUUUAAUACUGAAACACCAAAAGGCAUUUCUAUAUUUUUAAUCAUGUUCUAAAGUGCUCUUAUGAGAGACCUGUGGGGCCAUCAGUUUAAGUGAUUCCAAACUGCAGUGCUGGCAUUGCAGAUACUUUUUUAAAUUGGUGCUUCUCUGUCCAAACAUGAUAAAACUCAGGGGGAUAUAAAAAUGACAUUCACACUGGCUAUCUUCUUAAGAAGAAGGAAAAGACUGAACUGUCAGACUGUAGUUAGGAGUGAUUAAUGCUUUUGUAGUGCCUUCCGUUGUCCUACGUGUUUCACAAAGCCCAGCUGCUAGUCUUGAAGCUUUUUCUUAACUUGAUUAUGAUAUGUAGUUUUUUAUAAGGCAUUCUUUUGAGUAAUCAUUGCUUAAAAAUAUGUUUUUUGCCUCCCAUUGUGUUCAUUAUUAGUGGCAUUGGUGUUUUUUUUUUUUUCAAUUGUCAUAGAGGUUUCAUUUCAUUAUUUUCUAUACCAGUUUCAAAUUUAAUCUCAGUUUCACCAAAGGGAAGAAGACAUGUAGUAUUAAUUAUGGAAGAGUUUAUUUCCUCUUACCCUUUGCUAAUU